AUGGCAGACCAAAUACUCGAUAAAGCGCGAGAUAUUGCCGAGGGCCAAAUUGACUUCGAAGGGCAGCGGUUUGCGGAGUUUCUGGCAACAGCUCUCUUGUCGUUAUUCGGAGUGAUCGCUUUCGUUGCUGGACACAUCAAACAAGAUAUCAAGCUUGCUCUUGUAACGGGAUUACUUGGAACAGCAUUCACAAUGGCACUCGUCGUUCCACCAUGGCCUUUCUUCAAUCGCCAUCCGAUCAAAUGGUUACCGGUGGGAGGUGUAGCAAAAGAUUCGCAAGGAAUCACGGUUGAUGGGCAGGUCGUUGGAUAA